AAACAACUGAACGCGGGGAGUUAUCUUAACAGCGCUUUUUAUUUCCUUAGCACAUUUCAAUGUAUAAAGUCAUAGAUCAUAAAUCAGGGAUAUAUUUUCCCAGCAAUCUGCCUGCUCAGUUGUGUCAUCAACCUAACGUGUGUUCUAUAGUACAUCUUUAAAUUGUGGAAUUUAAGAAAAUGUGGCUGCGUCUUAUUUCGGAUAUUCCAAUUUGAAACACAAUACUUCCGCAACAAAACUAACAAGAUCGGUGGUCGAUUACCUCGACUGUCAGAUACCGUUACUCGCACUCGCAGGCGAGAGCGAGACAGUGCCGAAAGCGCACACAGGCGCCACCUAGCGAAGCUUGCAUGAACUGCGCCUGCCUUUUCCGACCGUAUUUAUAGAGCAAAAGGGUACACUAGACUCGUUGAAAAAUACUUUUCAGUAUGCGUUUCCGACACUAUAAAGGGAUCACCAGCUCAGCCGUUCUGGCCGUAUGAAAACGAAGGAAGUUCAGAUGGAGCAUGACUCAUUUCACUGAUACGAACCUCUAGCUGAUUUCCUUUGCUAACGAAUUGCACAAGGCAACUCCUCCGCUGACCAUGCUGCUAUAUCGGAGCCACUUCACUCCGGAUCGGAAACAAGCCCCCGGAUGCAGUGGCUCCCCGAUCAACACUCGCUACGUCGACGGCGAACAUGACAUUCCGACGCGUCCUGCGAGCACCAAACCGCCCGAAACACCGACUGCAUCAACCGGGGCUCAAGGAGGAGGCUCACAUGCCAGGGGGACUACGAUCCAACCAAGUACGCGUAGCACAACGACGUCGCCCUGGUGUGGAUUCCCAUCUACUAGCAUGUAAUCAUCAGCUAUACGGUCGCAGCUCCCAUUUGUGUGCUGGGAUUCUGGGAUUUCUGAGUGACUCAAUGCUCAAAGGCGUCCGUCUCCGCGGGCAUAACACCACCAACAAUCCAGCAUACCAUCCGGACUGCAGAAACCUGGCCAACCGAUGUGCCCUCUCAAAUCUGGACAUCGGAGUGGAGUGCGCCUGGUCCACGGGCGAUUCAAUAGUCAGUGCAAAUGCCAGUGCGCUUUAGGGAGGAAUCCAGGGGCACACAAAGUGAUGGAUUUAGCCCAGUGCUGAAGCGCGAAAUCAUCCGGGAAAAGGAAGUCACCUGGUGCGCAGAAAGGAUUCCUUGCUGGACUUGGACGGAGUGGAUACCUGCAGUGGCGACUCCGGUGGACCGCUGAUGGUGGCGAUGUAAGGCCAGGAUAAUAGCGAGUGCGUUCCAGUGCAUCCUUAGAUGGAUCAGCGCGAAGUUGAGGCCCCAUGCCCACAACAAAGGCGGUGUAAGUGGAUUAGUUUAUUUUGUCAAAAGAACUCGUAAAAUAUACACAAAUACACGCAGGUAAAUACUGUUACGAUUACAAGAAACCCCACAACACGCAAAUGACGAUAAAUUACAAUAGUGACUGUUGACAGAGACA